AAAUGAAGAAUCUGAAGUCCUUCUCCUGCAAACUUUUAAAUUAUUUGCAGGAAGUUUGAACGUUUCACUUCAGCCGUCUGCGACCAGAAGAUCGAACAGCGGGGAAAGGUGAUUGUUUUGAGCGGCCGUGGAAGAAUGUUGCUGCGUCUCUGCUUCAUGAUCUCAGGUGCUGUCGCUCUGACCACCUUAAAGCAGCCUCCGGUGGUCACCGUCCUGCUGGGCCAAGAUGUCCUCCUUCCCUGUGAGCUUCAGGUCACCCAGGAUGAGAAGGUCCAGAACAAGCCUGUGCUCUACUGGAUAGACGACAGGGAUGCCUACUUAUUUCCCCCUUCUGAGACGGGGGGGUAUGCAGGCCGAGUGGAAGUUAUGAACAAAACCUUCUCCAAUAAAUCUAUUGUCUUAAAGAAGGUGCGGUGGUCUGACAGCAGGACUUAUCAGUGCAAACUGUCCAUCGAGACCAACAAGAGGGGACACUUCAGGGAGAAGGGAGACAAGACCAGACUCAUCAUCUACGACGCCAUGAACUUUGACCUGAUCAGCAAUGGUUCCCUGCUCUGCUGUGAGGUGAACGUGUCCCUGGAUCUGGGCUUUGCUCUGUCGGUCAGCCAGGCUGGACGUGUCCUCCAGGGCGUGGACUGUCCAGCGACGGCCGGCAGCAACCGGACCGGCGUCACUCUGUCCCGGACCGUCUCCCUGACAGGCGGGGGGGAAUAUGAGUGCCGGCUGCAGCUGGGGAACGAUCUGAUCACGUCCAGCAGCUUUCACAGCAACCUGACGGAUGUGGAGCGGCAUCCGGAGCCGUGGGUUCUGUACGGGUCCGUCCUGUUGGUGCCGGUCCUGGUCCUGCUGGUCCUGGUGGCAGCCACGCUGAUGCACAGAUGAAGUUUACCUGAACCGUCUAACGAAGCGAGGAGAAGUCCCGCCUCUUCAUGAUGGGUUCAGAUCUGUUGAUUUAUGGCUGCUACGUUCUCAGAGCUCAGUAAUCCGGGUUUGCUGCCAUCUAAAACUUCCUGGGUGAUUCUACUGGUUCUUUAUUUCCUCAUUAAAAGGGUUUAUGUGUGUUAAAUAAAAAAGUUUAUUUUUAUGCAUAAAGCAUCUGGGAAACUUCACUGACGGAUUCUGGAGGUUCAGUUCUUUCCACUUUAUGCAACGUCACCACUGUUAGCGACGCAGCACCACAGCAUGAUGCUGCCACCACCGUGUCUGCCCGUUUCCUGCAGAUUUCCAAGCUGCUUUAACCUUUAUAUAUAGUUUUUUAUUUCAUUGAGGCAAAAUGGAUGAAUUUGUUGUCUAGGUCGACCCUCAGACUCUUGUCCAGAAGGCGCUUGACUAGAGAUGCAGCUGCUGAUGUCAGUCCAGCUCCAAGGUGUUGGUUCUCCUCCUCGGUCCGUCAGCUUCCCAGCAGCUGGAACCGUGCUGGUUCCUGGGAGAACAUCCUGACCCAGCUCCUUUAGUCCACUUUGUGCUGCAGGACUGAAGCGUGAGACUUGGACUCAAAGUA